AUGGCCUGUGUGGACGGGGGAGAGCCUGGGGAGCCCAGAGGGGAGACACAGGCCCUGGAGCAGGACUGGCACCAGCGGAUUUUUGUCAACCGCAGUCUGGAGCUGGGGAAGAUUUGCUGCUUUGGCUUCGACAUGGACUACACUCUGGCAGCCUACAAGUCCCCGGCCUAUGAGACGCUGGCCUUCGAGUUGCUGCUGGAGCGCCUGGUGUGCAUCGGGUACCCACACGAGAUCCUGCGCUGCACCUACGACCCUGCCUUCCCCACCAGGGGGCUGGUGUUUGACGCGCUCUGUGGAAACCUGCUGAAGGUGGACGUCCGCGGGAAUGUGCUCCUGGGCACGCGUGGCUUCUCCUUCCUCCCGGAGGCGGAGAUCUGUAGCUUCUACCCCAGUAAGUUCGUUCAGAGGGAUGACCUGCGGCGGUUCCACAUCCUCAUCACGGUCUUCCACCUGCCUGAAACCUAUCUCUACGUCUGCCUGGUGGACUUCUUCUCUGGCUGCUCCCGCUACAUCAAGUGUGACACCGGUUAUCAGCAUGGGAACCUCUUCAUGUCCUUCCGAAGCCUCUUCCAGGAUGUGACGGAUGCCAUGGAUAACGUCCACCAUUCGCUCUGCUCCCUCCUGCGGGGCUGUCUCAAGGAGGAGACCCCGGAAGACUUGGAGAAAUGCGUGGAGGAGGAUGCGGGAAUCCCCAUCCUGCUGGGCAAGAUGAAGGAGGUAGGGAAAGUGUUCCUGGCUACCAGCAGCUACAACUACACCGACGCCAUCCUGAGCUACCUGUUUGGCGCCGGUGAGGCCCCCGCCCCCCGCAGGCCCUGGAGGUCCUACUUCAACCUGAUCGUGGCGGGCAUGCAGAAGCCCUGCUUGUUUGCGGAGGGAACGGUGCUGAGACAGGUCAAGACGGACACGGGCAAGCUCCGCGUGGGCGCCAGCAUGGGGCCCCAUCAGCACUGUGCCGUCUACUCUGGAGGGUCGUCGGACGCGGUGUGCGGGCUGCUCGGGGUGCAGGGGAAGGACAUCCUGCAUGUCGGGGACCACAUCUUUGGGGACAUCCUCAAGUCCAAGAAGCGGCAGGGCUGGUGGACUUGCCUGGUGGUUCUUGAGCUGUCCCGGGAGCUGGACAUCUGGGCCCGAGAGCAGGGUGAGCCUCGGGGGGCCAGCAGGGGGCACCAUGGUCACAUCUUCCCCUCUCUCCUGCGGGGGUUUGGUAGUGACCAUGAUAAUACCGUCCUCUCUGUGGUUUGUGAGAGCAGAUCUGUUUUAUACACGAGGAAACAGAGACCCAGAGAGGUUAAGCCCUUCCUGCUGACCCACCAGCCUGGACUGAGGAUGCUUACCAUCUCACUCACGGGCACACACCCAGCCCAGUACCCCCAGCACAUGGAUGGCAGCAGUUCCGGGCUGCCACUCAUCAGCUCCACCGAGAGGGAGAUUCGGCGAGUCACCCUGGAGCUGGACCAGUGCUACAGCACGAUGGGCAGCCUGUUCCGCUGCGGCUUCCGCCAGAUGCUCUUCUCCAGCCAGCUGAUGCGCUAUGCCGACCUCUACACAGCCACCUGCCUCAACUUCCUGUACCACCCGCUCAGCUCUCUGCACCGGGCGGCCCCGGAGCUGGUGGGUCCCUGCAGAACCCCCCUUGGCAUCCCUGACCCUCCGUCCCAGAAGGAUCCACUGGUCCCCAGCCCUGCCAAGAGCUUUUGA